AUGGAGGUUGCCGCCGACGAGGACAUUGAGGUUGUCUCCGAAGAACCAAUAUCAUGGCUGCCUUCUCAUGUUCUCCAUGAACCAUUAUCAGAAACCCAGAAAACAAAGGAUGCUGUUAAGUACCAUUAUCAUCACCAUCCUUCAAAGCUUCCUACUGAGCCUUUCCCUCCGAACCCAAAGAGUAGCUGGAGAAGGCAUGAUCAGAAACAAAGAUACUGGGGCCACUGGGCAUCGGGAGUUGGUGGAAUGCAGGCGUUUUUCUCGCAUUCUGGUAAUAAAUCAACAGGGACAGGCGUUUUCCUUCCUCAAACUCAGUACAACAAUACUUUUCACUCUACCAGACGACCAGCUUGCUCUCCGGUUCUACUCCCUUCCCGAGUUGUUCAAGCUCUCAACCUCAAUGUUUAUGAAUUAAGCCUCCAAAUCUCUCCUCACACAGAUCCCAAGAAUAAUAAUACGAGUACAAGAGGUGGAGAGUGGAAUUCAUUCAACAAUAAAAAUGGCAAGGAUGUAUCAUCCAAACGUUGCGUUAGUGGAAAUGAAAAUUCUUCGGCGGCCGACAUAUUUCUUCCUGACGAAUGGACUUACUAA